AUGGGUGUAGGAAAAUCUGUGAGAAAUGUUCUGGGACAUUUGAAAUAUGGCGGGAAAUUGGCGGACACCUUUCCCCCGGACUCAAACAAAUCAGGAACCGCUGUGAGGGUUGCCGCUGCCGCCACAGAAAAGUAUCACAGGCCGCAUGUCUUGGAGUUUCGAACGUACAAUCCGAGUUUGAUCAGAAUGGAUUUUACCAGACUUCUUCCGCAGCGAAAAGUCCCGAUUGCUGGAACAGACGAAAAGGACGUUCAUUUCGAGGUUCUGAAAGUACGAGACCCCAAGUAUUUCCAAUUCAAAGACAAGUACCAGCUCAUUUUCCCAGACCAUAAUAACAUGAAGAAGUUUGCGAGAAGCGCUGCGUACGGUAGGAUAGAGGGAGCCAAGGCAGAAUUCACACCCAUCACGCUGCGCCAUCCUGAGCUGCGAUACGCCAAAUACGUCCGCAAUUUGGAAGCCGCCUUCGACUCCAGCAGUCGGUAUUUUGAGCUUCUGAAGACAGCAAAGCAACCACUGCAUGAUCCGGAAUCGUCUUUAGAGACCCUGCGACAAACGGCAGCUCCGUUGGAAGCCAAAUCGUUGUUGGUAUGGAAUCUCCCUGCGAACAUGCCACCGUACUCGAUCAUGGAGCGGUUUUGGCUUUACGAUAUCAAACAAUGCUUCAAGAUAUAUUGGGAUGUUGCAACAGGCAGGACUUUGACCUUCGUAGCGUUCAACUCCGAAGAGGACUGCCUUAGUUUCAGUCGCAACUUCCAUGGCGUUUUCUUUCGCGAUACCGAUGAUUGUAAGCUUUUAGUUGAAGCACUCACUUAG